UAAUGCAGUCGCGGAGGCGGGGGGAGGAGAAAUGGGCGGGAGGCCAGGCGACUAACUGGAGACCCAGGCAAGGACUGGGUUGUCAUGGAGCCGAAAGGCCUGGCUCGCGCAUGCGCCGCUUGACCUGAGGGGCAGGUCGUGGCGCCCCGACCCUGGCCCUAGAUCAUAAGCUCCAAGAAGGAAGUGAACAUGUCUGUCCCUCUCAGUGUCCCAGUCCUAGCACAAAGCCGGCCUGAUUUAUAGGCAACCCAGAGGCAAAGAGUACUGAUGAACCCUCCUCCAGCCCAGUAAAACAUGGAGAAGAAAAUCCCAUCCAGAGAGAGCCCCAGAAGACUCUCAGCCAAGCCAGGCAGAGCCACGGAGAUGAAGAAAGCGGCUCAUCAACUUGGUGCAGUGGCUGCCGAGUCAGAUAAGGACUCUGGAUUUUCAGAUGGGAGCUCAGAAUGUCUGAGCUCCGCAGAGCAGAUGGAGUCCGAGGACAUGCUGAGCGCCUUAAGCUGGAGCAGAGAAGACAGGCUGAGGCAGAACUCCAGGGCUGCAAACAAUGCCUUCCCCGCACUGUCCCCGAUGGUUGUCAUGAAGAAUGUGCUGGUCAAGCAGGGCAGCAGCUCCUCGCAGCUCCAGUCUUGGACUGUCCAACCCUCCUUUGAAGUGAUCUCAGCACAGCCACAGCUCUUCGUCCUUCAUCCUCCUGUACCAUCUCCUGUCAGCCCAUGUCACGCCACUGAAAAAAAGUCAGACUCCAGAAACUACUUGCCUAUUCUGAAUUCGUACACCAAAAUAGCCCCACACCCAGGCAAAAGGGGCCUGUCCCUCUGCGUGGAAGAAAGAGGAGCGAGCAGAACACAGAAGAAAGUCUGCACCAAGAGACUGGGUCCCGGCUUGUCUUCCAGUGAGCCGACCAAGACUGGCACUGUACCCUCCAGACCCCCUACUCCAGCCCCACUCAGUGCCAAACUAGCCGAGGACUCUGCUCUGCAGGGUGUGCCCUCCCUGGUGGCAGGUGGAAGUCCACAGACUCUCCAGCCUGUGUCCAGCAGCCAUGUGGCGAAAGCACCAAGUCUAACCUUUGCUUCCCCUGCCAGUCCUGUCUGUGCCUCGGACAGUACUUUGCAUGGCUUGGAGAGCAGCUCUCCCCUUUCUCCGCUGUCAGCCAAUUAUAGCUCAUCUCUGUGGGCUGCAGAGCACCUCUGCCGCAGCCCAGACAUCUUUUCCGAGCAGCGACAGAGCAAACACAGGCGCUUCCAGAAUACUUUAGUAGUCCUCCACAAAUCCGGCUUGCUGGAGAUCACAUUGAAAACCAAGGAGUUGAUUCGUCAGAACCAGGCAACUCAGGUGGAACUAGACCAGCUAAAAGAGCAAACCCAGCUGUUCAUAGAGGCUGCCAAGAGCAGGGCUCCUCAGGCCUGGGCCAAGCUGCAGGCAUCUCUCAUGUCUGGGUCCAGCCAUCCUGGCAGUGAUCCAGAAUUAUUCUCUGACCACUCAGACAUAUAGCACAGAAGCAUAUUUUCCAGUCAUUGAGUGGUCCUUUUAACUCUUUCCUUUUCCCAAAGCCUGUUUCCCAAAGCCUCCAUAACGGUUUUUCCUUCUGAACUCACUUCUGAAGCCACGUGCCAACCCUUGGCUGCUGUCUCAGAUUGCGGUCUGUGCACAGAUUCCGUAGGUCUAUUUUCCAGUGAAGACCUCUGAUUCCAGUGUUCUUGAGUCCUUUUUCCUUAGUCUGCAGGUGCUCUACUCUGGAUCAUGGUGCAGAGCAGGAAAGAAGAUGGUGUGGGGCCCUCUUGUCACCCACUCCCAUCCCAUUUGGUAACUGGAUUAAGGGUAACGUGGAUGAGCAGACAGUGACACUUGUGAAGCCAGGAGUAGAUGACAUGAGGGUUCUUCCAUAGGUCUCUCCUUGAGUUAAAUAGGAGGAAUAUCUGUGUUGCACAAGGCACCGUGCCAGCUGGGCAAGGUCUGACAUGCUUUGGGCACAGGUCAUAUGUGGGUGCAAGCAGUUAAUUACAUAAAGCUUUGUUUUCUUAAACUUGAAAGUCAAGGAAAAGGGUAAUACCACUUGACUCAGAUGCUUUGAUCACAAGCCAGAUUUCACUUAAGUAGGCAAAAUACUUCAUAUUUCUAAGAUAUGGAAUGGAUUCACGACCAUCUGGAAUUGUAGGUGAUGGUUUAUUAUAUUGAUUGAGAGACCAAAAAAAAAAUAAAAAUAGAAAAUGCUUUCAUGUCUUCGUUAGCAGCUGAACGAUUCUGGUAACACACUUUGUUCAAACAAUGAAAAUGGUUUUUGUCUGAAAAGCUCAAGGGUAGCUUCAGUGGUUCCUAAAGGUAUGAUAUGAGUUGCCCUCCUGCCGCCACUAUAGCUGGGUGUUUUCCUUUGUUUUUAUAAUCAAUAAAAUCAUCCUGAGGUUAUGAGAAUAAGGCCACAAAAUGUUGGAUUUUUUUUUUUUUUUUUUUUUUUUUUUUUUUUUUUUGAGACAGGGCUUCUCUGUGUAGUUCAGACUGCUGACCUUAAACUCACUAGCCCAGGCUGGCCUCAAAACUCACAGCACUCCUCCUGCCUCAGCCUCCUGAAUGCUGGGAUUACAGGUGUGCACCACCAUGCCCUGCUCUUACAAAAAAAAUGUUGAGCUUUUACUAAACCCAGAAGUUAAAGCAUCAUUUUACUGGGUAGUUGUAAUUCUAACAUAGCUUAGAAAUCUUAAGAGUUCUGAUUGUACUGUGUUCACAAACAUACAAUUUAGAUAUGACUGGUUCAGAAAUAACUCAGUAAAGUGCUCAGUUCCUUUAAUCAACACAGAAUUGUUACCUGCUGUUCGCUUUUCUGAACGAGUUUCCAAAAUCAGAACAAAUGUGUCUCUAAGCAGACUUAGCUCCUUGUAAUAUUUUUUCUCUCAGCCCAUUCCCUUUACCUUCCUUCAAUCUGUAUGGUGCUAUAGCCGCUCUACUCUGCACCAUGCUAGGAAGCAUCCUUUUUGGCAGAAAUACGGCUGGCAGCAAAGUUACUAGUGACAGGUGCAUGUAGAACAGCCUGGGCACUAGUCAUGAGUCGUACUGAGUGUCAAUCUGAAAACGCUUGCUGAGAACCAAAUGUAUUUCAUUCGGAAAACCCUCAGAAGAGCAGUAAGCCUCUUGGACUCUUCUUCCUAGGUCACUAAAAGAUGAUGAAAACCAUUAUUCUCACUGCUGAGUGGCAGGGAGAGGGGGACCCUCUGGCUUCUUUCUGAUCUUGUACUGAAGCUGGGAGUCUCUAGAUUAUUAGCAUGGGUAUUCUUUCCCUGGUGAAGCUGGAAGUCAAGGAACCUCAGUAGAGAAGCUAGAUUUUAAAAGGAGAGACCCCAAGGUCAGAAGCCUGAUCAGCAAAUGGAGGAGCUUCAGUGUUGACCAGGAAGAUCACUGGUUGCACAAGUCUGUAAGUAGCAAUGGGCUUAGGAAUGCAUGAUGUAAUUUGGUAUGGAGUGCUGGGGCAGGUCUACUGUUUUAUGAAGGUAGAAGCUAAUUUUAGCUCAAACUGUUAGAACUUUUGGCAGAUUUUAUUGGCAAUAUUGAAACAUCUAGAAUAAGCUGGUUGAAUUAGUUAUGGGAAUGGAGUCUAAUGACAUUUGUAAUUUAUUAUACUCAUUGCUUUUUAUUGAUUAUAGUAUUGUCUUUUUUUUUUUUUCUCUACUAAGAUUCUUUAGCAGAAAAGUAACUCUUGUGCAUAUUCUGAAGUGGUUUUCCAGCUAUAAGUUCUCUAGGCUAGAAACUAACCAAAUGUGAAUUCUUCUGAGAAGGUAUGAAGUUACGUAGAAAAUGACUGUGAAAUGUCAGAGAAAAAUAAAAGUCACUUACUUGAAAGCUA